AUGCAUCUCAUUCAAUACGCCGUCGAGGCUGACGGGCCCGGCCUCGCGCAGGUCAAUGUCGAAAGCUUCCAAGGCCGCCAUCUACUGGCUCAAAUGUUUCCAACCACUAGUGUGCCGCGCAUGGUGGAAUAUAAAGCCAAGGUUGGCAUGAAACAUCUAGCCAACCCAAAUAUGCACGUCCUCAAAAUUCAUGAUGAGGCCAGCGGCGAGUUGGUCGCCUAUAGCCGGUGGAUGAUCCCCGAGGCUCUGGGAUACGGGCCAACAGUGCCGGAACUCAGCGAACAGGCGAUUGCAUUCGCCAAUGACCCGGUGGCAUAUGCGCCCCAACCAAUGAGAGAAGAUAUCUUCAAUGCCUUUAAGCAAAUACUGGAGAAUGCGCGGAAGCAAUACACCACCGAGAAUGACAUUGUGCUGGACCUGCUCGCCACGUUGCCACCAUAUCAGGGCCGAGGCUACGGGUCUGCGAUCUUGCAAUGGGGAAUUGAAAAGGCCAAUGCCUCCAAGUCUCGCAUCUUCCUCGAGGCCACGCCCGAGGGCGUGCCUCUCUAUUUGAAGUAUGGAUGGAAGCAAUUGGAGGAGGUGACCAUGGACUAUGAACCAUUCGGAGGAGAAGGAAGUGAAUCUUUUUAUUUGAUGAUGAGAGAUCCCUCUGAAUAG